CCUAUUAACCCUUCAAAUGUAUCCAUAUAUUUACCUAUCAAAUUAUUUGAUGUUGCUGCAGAAUCUCCAAGGUUAUACCAAUCUUCUCCAUAUGCCCAUUCUGCCUGUCCUGUCAAGUCUGCUGUCUUUUUCCUUCCAAAAUUUGCUAUAAGGUUCUUUGAUUGUUUACGUCCAAUGAGUGAAUUGCACUGUUUUUCCUCAUGGUGGUCAUUUGUAUUGUGAAUACCGAUGCUGUAACCUGCGAAGUUCGCUUUCUUAUUUCCCUCUGCUGGGCACGUCCUGGGACCAAGGAGAGGGUUUAUUUUGCAUUUAUCUAAUCCGUUUAGUUUUGCAAGUCAGCUGAGCAAAUGAUAUGCGAAAGGUGGUAAUCGAACCCACGAUCGCGGGCUCGACUAACCAACAUUCUGACCCCUUGACCACUCCGCUAUCGCGGUCCACCCAGCUUCAAGGCUUCAAAGUUAGGGGAGCGAUUCAAUCUUUAGUCCAGCCUCCCCACCUUCUUUUGCCUUCCUUCGGUCCUGGCAAAUAUCGUCCUUUACCUCCCGGUCACUACACGAUCAUAUUGGUGGGGCGGAAGCUGGAAACUGGUGGAAAUCCGCCUUCUAGCCAUUAGUCGUCCUUAAGACUCCACGAGGAUGCUUCUACUACUCCUCUCCAGUAUGGUCGUCCAAAAUGCACCUCCGUAUCUACCAAUUGAUGUGGACGUGAACUGCACCAAGACGAACCACGAGACGUCCGACUUCCCGGCCGACCUGUUCACCGUUGAGGAACGCCGGUCCGGGGCCAUCCUCCUCCACAUCCUCUGCGGCCUCUACUGCUUCAUAAUCAUCGCGUUUGUCUGCAACGACUACUUCUUGCCAAGCGUCGACUGCAUCUGCCAAGAUUUGAACCUGUCGAAGGACGUCGCCGGGGCGACGUUCAUGGCGUUCGCGACUUCGGCACCGGAACUCUUCGUGAACGUGAUUGGAACCUUCUUGACGGAGAGCGACCUCGGCGUGGGCACCGUCGUCGGAUCGGCGGUCUUCAAUACGCUCGGCGUCGCGGCGUGCAGCGGACUUGCGGCCAAAACCAUGAUACCACUGGAAGUGUGGCCGCUGUCUAGGGACUGCGGGAUCUACGCGUUCGUCGUUGCUUCUUUGACUUUGAUCCUCUGGGACGGCAAGGUCGAAUGGUACGAAGCUCUCGUCCUCCUCGUCCUCUACCUCAUCUACUGCUUCCUACUCUUUUGCCAGCAGAGGCUCCACAAAGCGGCCAAGUCCGUCCUCGAAAGUACCAACUCUUUCAGCAGCCAGAGCUCGACGGUCGCCUUGGCAAUAAACAGCCACAUGUCCACGGGGACGUACCGACCGUACCACCACCACGGCGAAGUCAUCGGCUGGGAGAAACGCCCUUCUACCAUCAAACCCGAAGAGCUAAAAUCAGUGGAGAUGUCGAAUUGCAAGGAUAAAGAUGAAGAGAUCGAGUACGAAGCGGUCCAGGUCUGCCUCCCGCCAGAAGGAUGCUGGAAGAAAUUCUGGUGGUUCGUCUCAUGGCCCGUAGCUUUCUCACUCUACGUCACAAUACCGGACUGCAGGACCAAUAGGAAAGUCUACCCAGCCACUUUCUUCAUGUGUAUCAUCUGGAUCGGGCUCAGCUCUUACCUCGUCUCUUGGAUGAUGACUAUCGUCGGUGACACGAUGGGCAUCAGCGAUUCCGUCAUGGGUCUGACUCUAGUGGCUAUAGGAGGGAGCAUGCCUGAAGCGUCGACUAGCAUCAUCAACGCAAGGCUUGGUAUUGCUUCGAUGACAAUCAGUAACGCCUUAGGGGGCAAUACCCUGGAUAUACUACUCUCCCUGGGCCUUCCAUGGUUCAUCAAAUGUCUCGUCCCGGAGUCGCUCAACGGAGGACCCGUCAUCAUCGAGUCGUCCGGACUCUUCUACAACAACGCCGCCCAGCUUGCCUGCGUCGGAGUGCUGUUCCUUUCUGCGGCGGCCAACUCAUUCCGAAUGGACAAGAAGCUGGGUCUCGUCUGCCUCGUCAUGUACAUGCUCUUCAUCGGGUUCAUCGUCAUGGUCGAGGUGGACGUCUUCCACCUCAGGGAGCCUCAGCCGUGCUGACACCGGACAAAAGACAAACUUGUGUUGUAAAUAUUAUGUAAAUAAUUGACAACGCCAAAGAAAACUUAGUUUAUAGAUUAAAAAAACCUUCCCCCCUCUUCU